AGACCGUCAACACCAUUCAUAAUUCACCACCAAGUACCCACUUCUCUGUCUCUCUCUCCAUACAUAUACUAUAUUAUAGAUCAAUAUCCCAUCAAUACGUAACAACCACCGAAAGAUUACAAUUCACAGGCUUCCAUUUUCCAUAGUUAUUGUAGACAAAAAGAUUUUGGGGGAUAUAGAUCGAUCCAUUUUCUACUGUUUGGUACGAAAAUAUAAAGAUGGAGAUCAAAGUCAAACCAAAAGCCGUAGAGUCUACGAUGAUGGCAACUAAAGAGGAGGAUGAGAUCAAGAAGAUGAAAGAGUGUGUGGUGAUUGGUCAAAAGGCAGAUGAGGAGGUUAGUAGAGGACAAGAAACUAUGAAGAUCUUGGAGGGUUCACGACAAAACCAAAAUGAAACAAAACAAGAUGAUUUUAAGAAUAUUGACUCACCAUCGUCAUCAUCAUCACUUGAGAUGAAGAAGAAGGUGGAAAUUGACAAAAAAUUUACGAGUCAAAACGAAGAAAACACCAAAAAGGAAGAGGAGAAGAAGAAAGAGACUAAUUACAAUAAUAAUCUUUCUAACAUGAAGCAUAAGAAGACGAGUUCACACGUAUGGGACUGUGGGAGCACUCUCUACGACUCGUUCGAGCUAAACUCGUUCAAACGUCAACUCGACUCAGCCAUCUCUGCUUCUUCCGCCAGAACCAUGUCCAUGUCUCACCUCCCCGACCGCCGUGUCCCUUCUCUCAUCUCACUUUCGCCGGAGUAUUCUCCUCCUCUUCCUCCUCCACCGACAACUUCUUCUUCCUCCUCCGCCGGUGGAAAGAAACACUCGAACAAGAUCUCUCGUUCUCUACAGAGAUUCUUGAAGUCAGUGUUCAAACCUAAACAACACCAAAGCUUAAGCACUCCUUCUUCGCCGGUCUACAAGGCGGUGGGUCACGGCGGUGGCGAUAAAGAUAGAUACUACGUUGUUUAUGACAAAACGGGUUCGUUGACAACUAUUCCAGAGUCAACGGAGAAGGAAGUGAGCCCCGAGAUCAACUCUCUUGUUAGGAAGACCGUGUCCGAGAGAUUCCCGGCGAGUCGAGUCGUUGGUAUUUCAUGUGCAUGAUUAUAAUAUACAUCUAAGUCGUAUAUUUGAUAUAAAUUAAUAAAUAUAAACAUGUUAUGACUUAUGAGAUUAGAGUCUUCUUUUCCUUUUUAUAAAAUAAACAUUUUGGAAAUGAAUAAUCGUUGGACGUAUGUGAAUGUAUAUAAGUUUUUUUUUUUUUGAUAA